UAGGAACACCUGGUUUUGAUUGUAGCCUUGUGGUGAGGGUGUGUGUGGUCGGCCUCCUGAGAAGGGCGCUUGGCUCACCGCCGCGAUGGCUUCGGAGAGGAGAGCGGGAGCCAGCUUCAUGCGCAUUCAGACGAAGUGGCAGCUUCUGGUGUUGCUGGUCGUGCUGAACAACAGCUCGGUGCUGUUCGUGCGACUCUCGCGCACCAUGACGGCAGCCGGCCCGCCGUAUUUGCACACCACCGCCGUGUUCUUCGCAGAGUUGUUGAAGCUCUUCUGCAGUUUCUGCUGUCUCUCGUUCCGGAACGGAGGGUUGCAGGGUUCCAUGUGGUAUGUCUUUGAGCAUAUGAGCCUUGUCGAGCUGGCCCAGACUACAGUGCCUGGCAUGCUCUACACUUUGCAGAAUAAUCUCGUGUACGUCAGCCUUUCCAACCUUAAUGGCGCUGUCCAUCAGUGCACAUAUCAGCUUAGAAUUUUGGCUACAGCUAUUCUGAGCGUAGCGAUUUUGGGCAAACAGGUGAGUGCUGUGCAGUGGUCAGCGCUGAUUGUGCUCACAGGUGGGGUGGCGUUGAUCCAGUUGCCGCGGUGUGCGCCUGUGGUCUAUACUUUGGUGGUUGACGAGGGCAGUGCGCUCAAAGGUUUGGUCGCUGUGGUUUCUGCUUGCGUUCUGAGCGGGUUAGCUGGGGUCUGCACCGAAAAGAUUUUGAAGAGGAAUGACGCGUCGUUUUGGUUGACGAACUUUCAAUUCGCCAUCGUCUCCUCUGCGAUGGGGUGUGUGAUUGCCUUGUGGCAGGAUGGCGACAGGAUCAGGGAGAACGGCUUCACACAGGGCUACACCGGCUGGGUGUGGUGCGCUGUGUUUUCUCAGGCUCUCUCUGGUCUCCUGUCGGGGGCGGUGACGAUGCACGCCGACAGCGUUUUGAAGUGCGUCGGCGUCGCCUUUGCGCUUCCCCUCAGCUGCCUCGUGUCCGCCGUACUGCUCAGAGAGUUCUCGCCGGACCUGCGCUUCCACCUGGGCGCGGUGCUCGUUCUGGCGGCGACCUGCAUCUACAGUCUCGGCAUGCCGAGUUUCGCGAGGCCAAGGAGGGGCCGCCAUCACGGGAGGCCCCAGGCGUGCAUCCUCGGUGCAGCGAGGGAUUUCAAGCCUCAAGCAGUUGCACUUCGAGUUGUGUGCGCCGAGUAUGAGCCACCGUGAGCCGUGAAAUCCGCACUUGCCCCGCUGCCUCAAUCAAGGGAGGAAAAACCACCCAGACUGGACAAUUGGCGUCCCUGGGCGUUUUCUAAACAUCCCUGCCCUGCUCGAUUCCUUCUGUGGGCGCGUUUACUAAAGGCCUCGCGUGUCGGGGUGGUUAUUAUCGGGGUGGAUUUUCUGCCCUCUACUCAAGGCCGACGGUGGAGGCCUAAAUACCUGUACAGGAGGUUCGCGCCGCGCGGACGCGACGGCGACCCCACCGCGGGCAGUCAAGGUUGAGCACCGUCGCUGGUGAAGGCUCGGCCGCCAUCGCAAGAUCUGCGCUGCCGGAGCUCCGUCACCGCUCCAGAGCGGACGAUCCACGCGGUGUCGGAGGCUGGCACCCGUGCCCGCCGUGCCUCCCUUCUCUCCUCCCCCGCUGCGCGCGGCUGUGCUGCGUGCAGGAGGGCCGAGGAAGCAGGGCCAGGAUCCAUGCUUUCCUUCCCGUCGGCGGAUCUCCGCCCGCGCUCUGCCGCCGCGGGGGCCACCCCUCGGGGCGCUCGUGCGGCGCGCGCUCCGGCGCCGGCCGCGCGGCGGGCAGGGUCGAGCCGCAGGGGGCGGGGGUCGGAGCAACACCGCAUCUCGCAGAAUGCUUGUGCGCCAGUUUUGCACUGACCCGGGCUAGCGCGCAGGGUCCUCGAAGAAGAAGAAACACAGUUAACAUAAACUUGUGGCGCUCCGCGCGGAUAUCUUGGAUCUGCACCAGGCCCCCCCAGGCGGCUCCUUUGGCGCCGCCCCCGGCGCGCUCAAAGCGCCAGGGAUGGGGGUCCAGCGCAGAUCCAAGAAAUCCACGCAGGAUCCCGCAGCGCCCGACUGGCCCUGGUUUGCAUGGACCUGGGCCAGUAGAUCCCUGACAUGGGAACGUCAACGCCCCGACUGUAUGUCCUCUUGUGUGAGACCCGCCGUUUCUUUCCGCCGCUCGGUUGCAGCUCGCCGUGCUGCGGCUGCAGCUCGCUGACUUCGUGGUGCUCUCCUGUAUCCCGGCCGUCUCGGGAGCUUCUCAGGUUGUCUUCCUCCUCCGCCUGCUGCGCCGUGGCCCAGCAGUUCGAAGGCUGCCGGCUGCUGCCAGCAGAGGCUCGCUUUCCACCGCCGUCUGGUUGAGGGGCUUCGGCCCGCAGGCCAGCCGGCGGGAGUUUUGCGCAACUAUCCGGGGGCCACCGAUGCCGGCGCUCUGUCGCCAAGCAGGGGCUCGGAAGACUGGGCAUUCUCGCUGGGCGGCCUUCAGCUCAGAUGCUUCGGCGGGCGUUCAAUACCUGUUGGUUGGGCCUACUAUGACCGAGGAA